AGGGAUUUACUGGUGGUUACCCACUCAACUACUAAUCUUAUUUCAUGGGUGCACUCAUCAUGAGUCAUGCCGACUGCGCUAACACCUAAAUGGACCCCGCCUGGAAUGGUUGAGAGCUUAAAUGUUCUAGGGAGAGCCAGGGAAAUUCGAUGGUAACUACAGUAUUUUCCUCACACUUGAAGACAAAUACCAAUGGCGACAGAAUCUCAUGCCAUCGUCUUCGGAGCAGCUGGACUGCUCGGAUGGGCGACCUUGAACCAGCUGCUCUCGGGUUACCCCUCGUCAAGCCCAUUCUCUCGGGUCACUGCCGUCCUCAAUCGGCCCGUCUCGGAGCCCGACCUCUGUUUACCUUCAGGGCCGAACCGGCCUUCUUUUGAGCUAGUUUCAGGGAUCAAUUUGCUAGAGGCAGACGGAGAUGAUCUUGCGAAGCAACUGAAAGAAAAAGUCCCCGACGUGGAAGGGAUAACUCACGUCUUUUAUUUCGUCUUUGCGCCGUUUAACGAUGACCAUAUCCAAGAGUGUACCCAAAACUGCGGUAUCAUGCAGCGACUGGCCGACGCAAUGAACAUCGUCGCCCCAAAGCUGCGAUCGUUCGUGUAUCCCGGCGGAUCAAGAGGCUACGGUAUUUACAUUCCUGGUGGUGUCUUCCACCCACCACUCGAAGAAUCCAUGGCCGACAGCAUACCAGCAGAUUACGCCAAAACAGUCGCAUAUCCGUGGUUCAGAAAGAUUUUGACUGAAGCAAGCAAAGAUCGCAAUUGGACCUGGAGUGAGGUCUGUCCGGAUGCUGUGGUUGGGUUUUCUCCUAACGGCUCGGGGUACUCUCUUGCCCUUCACUGGGCGCAAUACCUCUCUCUAUAUGCAUAUAAUCACAGAGGCUCCACCAACGAGGAAAUAGAAGUUCCGUUUCCUGGGAGCGAAGCCGGUUAUCGAUCGCUGUAUACCCCUGUGUCGGGCGAAAUUCUUGGUCGCAUUGCAAUCCAUGCAGCACUACAUCCAGAAUCAUGCGGUGGGAAGAUUAUCAACAUGCUAGACAACGAUACACCCGUCAGUGCUAGCGACCUAUGGCCGCGCAUCGCGGCCUGGUUCGGGCUGAAAGGAGUUGGACCAGCGGCAGACGACGACGCUCUCAAGCCAAGUGAAUAUAUCGACAAAAACCGCCAUCUGUUUGCUCAGGAUGGGGCUCCAAAGGGAGUGACCUGCGGGGUGGGCAUCGGAAAUAAGCAAUUAGAUUCUGUUGGCUGGUGGCUGACUUUUGACCGACAUUUCAGUCCCAAGAGGUUGAGAACGGUGGGAUUUACUGAGCAGCGAGAUCCGGUUAAUGGCUGGCUGGACGCAUUCGAGAGAUUUAGGGAGGCGGGGAUUAUCUUUUGAAUUUCUGUUUCGAGUAGGACUGUUGCAUGUACUGUACAGCUGCUCACGAACUUUUGUUUGGUGUCUCGAGCUGCUGAACUCCUUGUCUAAGAAAGAUACCCGAUUCUUUGGCCUUGAGGCCCUGAAGAGACUUCAAUCAUCAAUAUCAGUAUUACGAAUGACUUUACAACAAGAUUUGACAUUUACUGCAGCCAUUAGCUCCUAUAGUCGGCCAGUGCGGGACAAGGUGAAUAAAUAAGUUGUUUGACUGAUCUUUCCAU